AUGUCUGUGGCACCCUCCAGAUCCCUUCAAGCAUCUGCUCUGUCCUUCGUGUUGCUGUCUAUUGGACACACGAUUAGCGGAAAGGAAUGGACCGCUGAGAAAUCGUUCAAGGCUAUUGCCAACACCAGACCAUGGGCUUGUGGAACGGUUGGUUGGUAUCAGUGGUCGCUCAACCCAACUGCACUCAACGAUCCUAUUAACAAAACUAUUGCGGGCAUCAUCAACAUCCUGCUAUGGGCCAGUUCAGCCUGGUAUGCCAAGCAUGGUAUCAAAGAGAAUACCUUGGUUGUUGGAUUAUCUGCUGCAUUGCAGGCAUACGCUGUUUUUAAGGCGUAA